UUUAAUUUCUUUCUACAGGUUGCACUUGCAAUUGUGCUGUUACGCGAGAAAGUACAGUCAAGGAAAAUUCGACUGGAGAGGACCAUUGCUUCGUAUUAUAAAAGAGUGAACAAGUGUGAUGGAGGAAAUCUGAUAAAGAUUUAUACAGACAUGUGUCAAGUUGUAAACGGAAAGAAGCAGUGCAAGGUUUACUGCAAUGGCAGAACCGACUUGGACCAAAACACCAUAUUUGACAUCGUGAAGUGGAAAGGUAAGAAGUGCAUUCAAAAAAGAGUCGGACUCAUCACAUACUCGUUGAAAGUCAUCAAUGGAACGAACGUAGUUUUUGAGGAACAGUCAGCGUGCAACGAAUCAACCGGCACUGAGUUCUUGUUUAAAGAGGAAAAAGAUAACCGUGAAAGACAGGCGAUUUUACAUGAAUAG